AUGAAGGUGCCAUUUUUCAAAAAGCAAACUGGUGAAGGGACCGAGUCCCCGCCACUGACUGACCUGUCUGGAGGAUCGGUCGACCGCGAGAAGAGAAGCAGUUCGAUGGACGAGUCUCAUGUACCCUGGAUAACAUGGCGCUCACUAAUUCUGGGUGCUUUUGUCUCAAUCGGUGGCAUUAUCUUCGGCUACGACACCGGCCAAAUCUCUGGGUUUCUUGAGAUGAAGAAUUACAAGCAACGAUAUGCCCAGCGGCUGCCGGACGGCACCCACUCCUUUAGCAACGUGCGCUCGGGGUUGAUUGUGUCUCUGCUUUCCAUUGGAACCUUGCUGGGGGCUCUCGUCGCGGGCCCUCUGACGGACCGCAUUGGCCGAAAAUGGUCCAUAUUCUUUUGGUGCAUCAUUCUGCACGUUGGCCUCAUUAUUCAGAUUUCGUCGCCGGCAGGGAAAUGGUAUCAGGUUAUGAUGGGCCGGUUUGUCACUGGAUUCGGAGUGGGCUCCUGUUCACUACUGGUACCUAUGUACCAGGGCGAAAUUGCCCCGAGACACAUUCGAGGAGCCAUGGUGUGCUCCUAUCAACUGUUCGUGACGCUGGGCAUCUUCGUUGCCUACUGCAUCAACUUCGGUACGGAGUCGAUCAAUAACACGGCCUCCUGGAGAAUCCCACUGGGAAUUACCCAUCUAUGGGGUCUUCUACUAGGACUGGGCAUCCUUCUCUUCCCCGAGAGCCCCCGUUACGACUACCGCCAUGGACGUACUGAUCAAGCGAAGCGGACCAUGUCCAAGCUCUACGGUAUUCCCGAGAACCAUCGGGUUAUUGUACAUGAGAUUCUAGAGAUCCAGGAGCAACUCGAGGCCGAACAAGGAUUGAAAGGAGGAUGGCAUGGCUGGAUAGAAAUGUUCCAGGCGCCGCGGAUGCCCUAUCGCAUCGUCCUUGGAAUGGUGCUUCAGGCACUGCAGCAACUGACUGGAGCCAACUAUUUUUUCUACUAUGGAACGGUAAUCUUCAACGGAGCCGGCAUCAGCAACACCUUUGUGACGCAAAUGAUUCUCGGAGGUGUCAACUUCGGCACCACCUUUGGUGGCCUGUACGUCAUUGAACACUUUGGCCGACGCAAGUCUCUCAUUGCGGGCGGCAUCUGGAUGUUCGUGUGCUUUAUGAUAUUUGCCUCGGUGGGCCACUUCUCGCUGGAUGUACAUACCCCGCAAAACACCCCAGGCGCCGGCAAAGCGAUGGUGGUCUUUGCCUGUCUGUUCAUCACCGGCUUUGCCAUGACCUGGGGUCCCAUGGUGUGGGCGAUUGUGGCCGAGCUGUACCCCUCGCGGUACCGGGCCCGCGCAAUGGCCAUGGCAACCGCCUCGAACUGGCUGUGGAAUUUCCUGCUGAGUUUCUUCACCCCGUUCAUCGCGCACGAUAUCGACUUUGCGUACGGCUACGUCUUUGCCGGGUGUUUGUUUGUGGCGGUGCUGGUGGUCUACUUCUUUGUUCUCGAGGGCAAGGACAGGACACUUGAAGAGAUGGACAUGAUGUAUGUCAUGCGCGUCCCGCCAUGGAAGAGCAGCAAGUGGACACCGCCGGCCCCGGAGGAGCAGCUCAGCACGAACCAACUGAUAGAUCGGCGCUUGGCUAAGAAGUACAACCAGGAAGAGGAAGAGGCGUCGAUCAGCAAGAAGCAAGAGGGUGUCGCCCCGGCACAUGCCCAUGCAGAAGACCCUGGUACUGGGCCGUCGACCUCGACAUGA